AGAUAUCACUCAAUAUCACUUCUAAAUUGUUUUUAGUGCAUUCUUUAUCAAAAUGAUGUAAUUCAAUGAACAAUAAUUAUGGAAAUAAUGAUAGCACAUGCGUUUUAUUCCAUUACGUCUUCGUAUACGAAACCAUCCAAACGUAAACAUGAAUAUUAUUACAAAGGAAACAGAAGAAUUAGUGAAAAAUGUAUGGAAAAAUGUGGACGCUGUAUGUUUUGAUGUUGAUUCGACUGUAAUUACCGAAGAAGGAAUUGAUUGUUUAGCAGAGUUUUGUAAAAAAGGUAAUGAAGUUGCUGAAUGGACUAAACGGGCGAUGGGUGGAGGAAUUCCUUAUGAGAUAGCUUUAGCAGAGAGAUUGAAAAUUAUUAAACCUGCACGACAACAAAUUGAAACAUUUCUUCAAUGUAAACCAGCUACAUUAACUCAAGGAAUACAGGAAUUAAUUGAAUAUUUAAAUAAGAAAAAAAUCCAUGUUUAUUUAGUGUCUGGAGGAUUUAAAUCUCUCAUUGCUCCAAUUGCAUUAAAAUUAAACAUUCCUAGCGAAAGAAUUUAUGCUAAUAGAUUAAAAUUUUAUUAUGAUGGAGAAUUUGCUGGAUAUGAUACUGAGCAACCUACAUCAAGAAGUGGUGGUAAAGCUAUCGUAGCUGAUAACUUAAAGAAACAGGGUUAUAAAAAUAUCGUUUUUAUUGGAGAUGGUGUUACUGACUUAGAAACGACAAAUCAUGCGCAUGCUUUUAUAGGUUUUGGUGGUAAUGUUGUUAGAGAAGCCGUUAAGAACCAAUCGGGUUGGUUUGUUACUGAUUUUAACGUUUUAAAACGUUUUCAUGAAAAAGAAAAUGCUUGAUUUUAAAUCAAAGUUUAUAUUUUUUAUUGUA